GUCUUCCUGGGCCUUGCCUACAGAGAUGGCAGCCAUCUCCUACUCAGCACCAUGGCUGUCCUCAGACCCCUUGUGAAACCCAAGAUUGUCAAAAAGAAGACCAAGAAGUCCAUCUGGCACCAGUCAGACCUAUAUGUCAAAAUUAAGGGGAACUGGAAGAAACCCAGAGGCAUUGACAAUAGAGUACACAGAAGAUUCAAGGGCCAGAUCUUGAUGCUCAACCUUUGUUAUGGGGGCAACAAGAAAACAAAGUACAAGCUGCUCAAUGGCUUUCGGAAGUUCCUGUUCCACAGUGUCAAGGAGCUUGAAGUGCUUCUGCUGUGUGACAAAUCUUACUGUGUUGAGUUUGCUCACAACGUCUCCUCCAAGAAGCACAAGGCCAUUGUGAAGAGAGCUGUUCAGCUGGCCAUCAGAGUCACCAAUCCCAAUGCCAGGCUGCGCAGCGAAGAUGAAUGA